UUGACUCGGUUUACCUUCGAUUAAACUUCAGUAUUGGUUAUUUGAAUUAAGAAUUUCAGCCGUUGAAUGAGACAGAUAAAAGAAAAAGAUAAGGUUUCUGAACUUGGGAGAAUAAACAAGAAUCCAAGUGACUAGAUGAAAAAAUCUAAAACAUCUCAGUUGAGAUGGAGCUCUGUUUCAAGCUGCGAUCUUUUUCAUGUCCCUCCCCUGUUUCUAGUGUGAAAGAUGUGAGGUUAUUAAACUCAGUCUCGUUCUUUGAUAUGAAAAGUUCCUCACAUCAAAGGCCUAAAAGGAGGUCAUCAUCCUCAUCAACAUCCAUUCCUGCUUUAGUUGAAACAGCUGUUUCUGUAGCGAUUGCAGCCACGGUUGUUGGCACUGCAGCCACUCUUCUUGUUCGGAGAAGUACCAAAGCCUCCGAAGAAGCCGAGGCUUCUAUGAAAGAAUGUGAAGUUUGUGGCGGUUCAGGAAUCUGUUCUGAGUGCAAAGGUGAAGGGUUUGUCUUGAAGAAACUAUCUGAUGAAAAUGCUGAGAAAGCAAGACUUGCUUCAAAGAACAUGGCCACCCGAUAUACAGCCGGGCUUCCAAAGAAAUGGAGCUACUGCACUAAAUGUUCAUCAACACGAUCUUGUAUAACGUGUGGUGGAAGUGGAAAGAUAAGCUUCUAGCGCCUUUCACAGAUAAAAAUCUCAUAGCAUAGCUUUCUUGUAAUGUUUGUUUGAAAACUCUCUAAAUUUAAGUUCUUCACAUUGAAUAUUAGUUUAGUUUCUUCUUACUCUUUCCAGAUACGGUUAAUGCGAUAUGUUUCUGAGACGUAAAGAGUACUAAAGUCAAUUGCUUUGUCUUUCGUCUUUCUUUAUAUCUAUCUCUACGACUCUCCCCGAGGAAUAAUGGUUUCUUCAUGU